AAUCAAUAGUUUUUGUUAAUAAAAAGCUUUCGUACGGUAGUUUCACAGCGCAAGGAAUUUACACGUCGCAGACAUUACCUGCAGCACGCGGCUAUUUAUAUACGAUUUCGUACUGUGCUUAAACAAAAAAGAAAGAAAUAAAUAGUUUCUUGUGCCCUGUGCAUAAGAAGGUUAACCGCACGCAAUUUGCAAGUGGAUGCAAGCCGCGAACGAUGUGUUCUGAAGCUGGCUUCCACUACCGUGCGCUGUUCGAGUACAAGAAGGACCGUGGCGAUGACAUUUCUUUGCAGCCCGGUGACAUCCUCACUGUUAAUAAAGCGGCUCUGGUGACGUCUGACUAUCAGGAGGGCGACGAGAGAAGCCCAAGGGGGUGGCUCAGCGGGACAAACGAAAGGACCAAGGACAAUGGAGACUUCCCCGGCACUUACGUGGAGUAUGUUGGACCUGUAAGGGUAGUUCCGACAAACCCAAAGCCCAGAACAAGGCCGGUUCCCCCAACGCCGGUUGGUACCUCCGCGCCGGGAUCCAGUCUGGCGGGCAGUUCCUUGGGGCAGGCUGAUCUCCCAGAGCCGGUAACUCUCCCGGAUCAGGCGCCUGUGGUGGUGAUGAGAAUUACCGAGGCGUUGGAGAGACAGGGUGCAGAGAGCGAGUCUCUAUACAGAUCUCCUCCCGGCUCCUCCUGCAGCGUGGAGCUCCAGCAGGCUCUGGAUGCAGACCCCACCUCAGUGGAUUUGGACCAGUAUGACCCUCCCACCAUGGCGGACGCUCUGAAAUGUUACCUGCAGGCUCUGCCGUCGCCAGUCAUUCCAGCAGAGACGUACAGUGAACUGGUCUACACUGCACAAGAAAUGCAGAGGGUGGAGGAGUGCGGGCAGCAGCUGAAGAGGAUCCUGGAGUCUCCCAGCCUGCCCCAGCAGAACCGCCUUGUGCUGCAGCACCUGACCCGGCACUGGUACAAACUGAGCCAGAACUCCAGCAGAACACACCUGACGCCCAGGCAACUGGGGGAGCUCUUCAGCGAGCUCCUCUUCAAGCCGUCCCUGUCAAGUGCUGAUGUAAACCCAGAGCACCAUGUCAAAAUUAUUGAGGCGCUCACUGUGGCUGGAGGGCUGGCAGAGCUGCAGGCUGCCCCAGCUCUUCCUCCAAAGCCACCCAAACCAAUGACUCCAGUCAGCACAAAUGGGAUUAAGGACACAGCCAGCGUAUCACUGCAGGAAGCAGAGUGGUACUGGGGAGACAUAUCUAGGGAGGAGGUAAAUGAUAAGCUGCGGGACAUGCCAGACGGGACCUUCUUGGUCCGGGAUGCCUCUACGAAGAUGCAGGGAGACUACACACUAACCUUAAGGAAGGGAGGCAAUAACAAGCUGAUAAAGAUCUACCACCGAGAUGGAAAGUAUGGCUUCUCCGAUCCUCUGACCUUCAACUCUGUGGUGGAGCUGAUCAACCAUUACCGACAUGAGUCUCUCGCCCAGUAUAACCCCAAACUAGAUGUGAAGCUCAUGUACCCCGUCUCCAGGUAUCAGCAGGAUCAGUUGGUAAAAGAAGACAAUAUAGACGCUGUUGGAAAGAAACUCCAGGAAUAUCAUAAUCAGUAUCAGGAAAAGAGCAAGGAGUAUGAUCGGCUAUAUGAAGAGUACACAAGGACCUCGCAGGAAAUCCAAAUGAAGAGAACAGCUAUUGAGGCUUUCAAUGAAACUAUUAAGAUUUUCGAGGAGCAGUGCCACACACAGGAACGCCACAGGAAAGAAUACAUUGAGCGAUUCCGAAGGGAGGGGAAUGACAAGGAGAUAGAAAGAAUCAUGAUUAACUACGAGAAGCUUAAGUCCCGUCUGGGUGAGAUCCACGACAGUAAGAUACGCCUGGAGCAGGAUUUAAAGAAACAGGCACUGGACAACCGAGAGACAGACAAGAAGAUGAACAGCCUUAAACCGGACCUCAUCCAGCUCCGCAAGAUCAGGGAUCAGUAUCUUGUCUGGCUCAAUCACAAAGGGGUACGUCAGAAACGAAUUAACGACUGGCUCGGAAUCAAAAAUGAAAACGUUGAUGACACCUACUUUGUAAACGAGGAGGAUGAGAAUCUGCCUCACUAUGACGAGAAGAGCUGGUUUGUGGGGGAUCUGAACCGGACGCAAUCGGAGGACCUACUCUGCGGAAAACCAGACGGCGCCUUCCUAAUCCGAGAGAGCAGCAAGAAGGGCUGCUACGCCUGCUCCGUGGUUGUAGAUGGAGAGGUGAAACACUGUGUAAUCUACAGCAGCAUGCGGGGCUAUGGCUUUGCAGAGCCCUACAACCUGUACAGCACUCUCAAAGACCUGGUACUACACUACCAGCACACUUCUCUGGUCCAGCACAACGACUCUCUCAAUGUGCGGCUGGCAUAUCCCGUCUACGCACAAAUGCCCUCCCUCCGCAGAUGAAAAGAAACCAGAACUUAAACACACGAGUCGGCCACCUUUUGGAGUUUUAUAUUUUUUACUAGAACAAUUGGAGGGCAUUCUUUCUAAAGACUGCUUGAUUUGCACAAGGAAGUUUUAAAGUUCUGUGAAUGUGAAACGGAAACAUGCCACCACAGAGACUCGCGAGAGGCACGUCUCGACCCCAGUUCAGGUGAACUUGGUGCUCCCUAAACUCAAGCUGGGACUUUUUUUGUUUUGUGUGUUCUCUUUUUUUGGUCAAUGGAAUAAAAGAAGGAAAAAGGUCUAUGUUGGCAUACAGAAUACAGCAGAUUCUUUCCUCCAGGUGUUUGUAUCACUGACUCAUUGCUGCUGAACUUGAGGAUUUGUAGUCUUAAGCAACAAGAGGCCGACUGGAGGGUGCUUGUUGUUUUCUGGGAGAGGGGGGUGGCUUUUUAGUUUAUUAAACUGAAAUUCAGCUGGACUUUUUUUUAUAUAUAUAUAUAUAAAGUGGCUGGUUUUCCUACAAAAGAAAACGAGACAGCACUUCAUUUAAAGUGGAAGAAAAGGAGACCAAAGGAAUCGUCAGAAUUCAGAUAAAAAAUCAAAUUAAAAAAAAAACAGCAAUGGAAACACAGAUGCUUUAUUUUGUACCGAACAUAAAACAAAGUUUUGGCUUCGUGCAGCACUAUUUAAAAGGAAAAAAAAAAAAAACCUCUUAAGAAAACGUAUUCUUAACCAAAACGUACCCACCAAAACUUUGUUCGUUGUCGGUUUUAAGCACUUAUUUAAAAAUAAUUAAUGUUUUUUUGUUUGUUUACAGCCGCACAUUUCAACACCAAAAUUUUUCUGUGUGGUUAACGAAAAAAAAAAAAAAAGAAAAGCAGCUGUCUCCUUUUUAUUAAUUAUAGAAUUGUUUUGUUAUGGUCUGUAUUGCUAAAAUAGAACAUUUUAAAAUAAGCUUUGAAUUAUCAGAUACCAGUAUAAAAUGAAGCAGGUACUAAGGUUGUUGAUUUUAAAAGAAGGAAAAAAAAUUAAUAAGACAGAAAAAAAUAUAGAAAUGCAAGCCAGUGCUUCUGGAUGGUGGGGUGCUGUUUUUAUUUUGCGUAUUGUUACAAAAUGGGAGUUUUUACACCAUGCAUAAUUACACUGCUGACUUUGUAACCAGCACUAAUUCUUUUACUACAAGAAUUCUGUUUGAAUGAUUCUUAUGGUUUUGCAGUUAACAAGUAGCCUAUCCAUGUAUUCUAGAUUAGAAACCCUUUUUUCAUUUAUUUUGUUGUAGGCUUGUUUUACAAGAGCCUGUUAUUAGGUCGGUUCCAGUGAGGAUCACAUGCAUUUGCAAACCUGCUUACAAAGUCAGACUGUAUUCGGAAUACCAUGUAGUGAGACGGGUUGAUUUAAUACAAACCCCUAAUUUAAAAAAAAAAUAAAAGUAAAUAAAUAAUGUGUGGUGUGUGUGUGUGUGUGUGUGUGUGUGUGUGUGUGUGUAUAUAUAUAUAUAUAUAUAUAUA